CUCGCACAAGCGCGGUGCCGCGUCCGCUCGCGUUUUCUCACGCGCAGUCAAUGGAGUCACUGCGUGUUUCUGGAAAUACUGGCAUUUAUGAAUAUUCAUUAACAGAUCGGUUUAUAUUAAUUGAUCUCAAUGGUCUAUGAUCGGAUUUCAGCUGUCGUUUGAUGUCAGUAAGGUGGCCAUAUGCGUUGUUAGCAUCGCGUUAGCGUUCACUGCGGCCUGACGGUUGAAUCUCUAUUAUUAAGAUAAUACUAAAGUAAUUUUUUUACUCGAUAACUAGUGCGUGGACUCAUGUAAAUAUGGCAGAAGAAGGAGCGGUUGUAAUGCAGCAGAUCGUGGACAGGAGUUGUUGGGUUUGUUUUGCCACAGAUGAGGAUGACCGUACAGCUGAGUGGGUGCGUCCGUGCCGCUGCCGUGGAUCUACUAAAUGGGUUCAUCAGUCGUGUCUUCAGCGCUGGGUGGAUGAGAAACAGAGGGGAAACAGCACCGCACGGGUCGCCUGCCCACAAUGCAAUGCCGAGUACCUCAUUGUGUUCCCUAAGCUUGGGCCGGUGGUGUAUGUGCUGGACCUGGCAGACAGGUUGAUCUCGAAGGCCUGUCCGUUUGCUGCUGCUGGGAUCAUGGUGGGAUCCAUUUACUGGACCGCAGUCACAUAUGGGGCCGUGACAGUCAUGCAGGUUGUAGGUCAUAAGGAAGGUCUGGAUGUGAUGGAAAGAGCCGAUCCUCUCUUCUUGCUGAUUGGCCUGCCCACCAUCCCAGUUAUGCUAAUUCUGGGAAAGAUGAUUCGCUGGGAGGAUUAUGUGCUCCGCCUUUGGAGGAAAUACUCCAAUAAGCUUCAGAUCCUCAACAGUAUUUUCCCAGGUAUAGGCUGCCCGGUGCCGAGGAUCCCGGCGGAGGCCAGUCCUCUGGCCGAUCACGUGUCUGCCACACGGAUCCUGUGCGGAGCCCUGGUGUUCCCCACCAUCGCCACCAUCGUGGGCAAACUGAUGUUCAGCAGCGUCAACUCAAACCUGCAGAGGACCAUUCUGGGUGGCAUCGCGUUUGUGGCUAUCAAAGGGGCGUUUAAGGUUUAUUUCAAGCAGCAGCAGUAUCUCCGACAAGCUCACCGUAAGAUCCUCAACUUCCCUGAACCGGAAGAAGCCUGAGCUCGCCAUUAAAACCUUCAUCCAUCCACCAUCAUUUGUGAUUUCACAUGCAACACUAGCAGACAUCUGGCUUUCUUCUUCCCUGUCAAUGUGACCACUGCGAUUGGAGUCUGGACCCAGGUUCAGCCUCGCUUCUGUUGAUUAAAGCAGAGCAGGGAGUUGCUUGUUAUUUGUUUUAUGGGCUUUACGACUUUUUAAGAAAGAGACUGAGGAAAAAUAAAUAAUCGAAAAAGGUUUUAUAUAAA